CGCGCAGCCAAAACCCCUAUUUCAGAAACCAUGGAACUAGCUAAGCUGAAGAGUGAGUAGAUCGAACCGGUUGAAAUUCAUCUCGCAAAACAAAGGAUUCUAUAUCGCCAACUCUCAUUCGUUACACAGUUAGAAUUCAACCAUUCCAUUUUGAUGGCGUUCGCCUCUGCUUUUCGCCGCAUCCUCAACGGAUCUGCGACCCUGUCUGUUGCGCAUUACCGUUUCAGUUCAACCCUAGCAACUCCAAAGCUAUUCAUAAAGGGAGAGACAACUGAGGAAGAUCUUAGAAAAGAAUUUAAACCAUUUGGCAACAUUGUUGAAGUAACAGUCCCUACGGAUAUUGUCUCUGGAAGAUCCAAGGGGAUGGCUUAUGUAACCUUCUCAAAAAUUGAGGAUGCCGAGAAAGCUAAACAUGAAAUGAAUGCUACUAUGUUGGAUGGGUAUGUCAUCUAUGUCGAACCCUACAAAUAUUAACCUAGACCCCCACCUAAACCAGAGCCCGUGUCUUUCUGAAAUUGGGUUCAGAACAAACAAGACUAUGAUUUAUGGUGUAUGUCGCCAUUGAAUUUAUGUUCUCAAAUUGUACUAGGAACUUAUUAUGUAAUAACUAAGAAGUAUGUUAACGGUGGGCUUAUACUGUUUGGAAUUGCUUGUGUAUGGACAUUUCUUCUAAAAAGCAAAAAUGAUAGAAACAUUUGCAGUAUUAAAACAGGGGGAACAAGUUUAACCUUUAAUGAAGAGGACUAACUAUAUUUAUGCGCUUUAGGUCCCGGGGCUCUGGAGUUAUUCCCUUUUAUUUGGGUUGCUUUUCCCAACAAUGUUGGUAAUUAUGUUAUGGAAAGCAGUGGGAGAUGUUUUGUUUUGUGAGAUUAUGUAUUUUGUAUUUGGCUAAUUUUGUUGUUAAAAUAAGUCCGAUCGAAUUGUAAAA